GCUGGUACAUCCUAGCCCCCGCAACGGAUAUAUUUGCUUUUAUUGUUGAUUUACAUUUUUAUCAAAUUCAGAAACAAUCUGGAGAAAGUACACUUGAGGGCACUAUGGGACAUAGAGCUUGUCCAUGUCUCCUUUUACUCAGUGUCACACUAUCCUUUCUGCAUGCAAGAUGUCUAUUUUUAACAGGUUUCCAUGCUGAACCUAUAAGAGACAAACUAGAAGUAGCAGUGUUGUGGCACCAGAGAAGAUACGGUUUUGGCUGUAACUGCACUGCAAGCUAAAUGAAUAGAUACCUAAAAACUUCUUAAAGGGUAGCGUUUUGUGCUUUUAAUCUUUAUUAUGAACAAAUAAUAACAAAAAUUGUAGGCUUAUGAUGACCAAUCUGAAGAAAACAGGGUAAUGCAGCACCAGGAUUAGGUACAGUGAGAAUAAUUAAGAACACAAACAGAAGUCCAUAGUGCUUACAAAAAUAAAUAUGAGAAGAUACAACAAGCCUGUGGUGAGGCUGCACAGGCACUGUGAGACAUGCUUCAGCCGGCGCUGCAGGGCCCCCGUGGAUAUCUCUGUCUGCUGCAUGACCAUCAGCUGCCGUCUUUUCUGUGGGGCCGUCUUUCACUUGUGCAAGGAGGAAGAGCACCAGCUCCUCUGCCCCAAUGAGAAGGUGCCCUGCCUCAACGCCCACUAUGGCUGUCCCUUCACCAUGGCCCGCUCCAAACAGGCCCAGCACCUGGAGGUGUGCCCAGCCAGUGUGGUCUGCUGCUCCCUAGAAUGGAACCGCUGGCCUGUAGAGGAGGCAAAUACUGUCUUCUAUGACAAUGUCCUGAAGGAACAACAUUCUGGAGAGCAGCUGGACCUCUCCAUGGCACUCAGGGACCAGAAACACCUGUGUGAGAGGCUGAAGAUGAAGACAUUCUUCCCUGAACUAAUGGAGAAAGUGGAAGACCCUGAGCUGGAGGAGGUCGACGGAGAGUCAGAUCUUGAAGAUGAAGCGGCAGGGGCUUCUGCACCACGAGGUGAGGCCCCUGGCUGCAACCUCGUGGUGGCUGGAGCAGAGCGACACAAGUUUAAUCAGAAGACCGCAGAGAACGGGGUGGACACACAAAACUACAAUCGUUGGGAGAAGAUGUUCAGCAUGGAGAAGGGAGGCUGCAAGCAAGCCGCCAAAGCUGCCGCUGAUAAAAAAAUCAAAGACAAGAAAGAGAAAAUGGAACCCUCUGAAACUGGUCCUCAUGUCCAAGAAGAAACAUCUCAGGAGGGGCACAAAGCUGAAACAACCACGCCCCCUUGCGACUUCACUAAGAUGGGAUUUGCUCCCUGGCAGGAUGGGGUCCUGGAGAGGCUGGGGAGAGAUGUCAACCCCAGGGAGUUCAACAUGUAUGUGGUGCACCAUGGCCGCAUGCUGAUUAGCUUUGGGCAGAUGCCUGCCUGCACACCCAGGGAGAAGGACUUUGUCUACGGCAGUCUGGAGCCCAUAGCCGUCCAGACUCUCCGCUCUUUCAAUGUCCCAACAAGCUACAGGGAGAAGCGCAUCCAUCGCAAAGACCCAUCCAAGAUGGUGGCCAGCGAAAACAAAAGCCUGGACACCACGGACUUGGGCCUCGCACUGGAGGACAUCCCCAAGAUGGAUGAAAUCACUGCCACUUUGAUGUGCUACGCAGAGAGGGAGCUACGGGGACACAAAAUCUGUGAAACCGUAGGCACUGAUGGGCUGUGGAUGGACCGUGGGACGCAGACCUAUGACUUCCCCUCUGCGCCAUUUGAGAGUGAUACCUCCCUUGCCAAAGUUACAGCGGACAGACCCUUGAAGUUGCAUGUACAGAUCAGCACAGAGUCCGCCACAAGCAGGCACAACAAAUCCAGCUCUGUGUUCACAUUCCUGUGUGGACAUUUCUAUCGGCGAGAUGAGUUCCCCGCACACUUCAAGAAUGUUCACUCAGACAUCCAGUCUGGCCUGAAUGGCUGGUUCGAGCAGCGCUGCCCGCUGGCAUACCUUGGGUGCACUUACAGUCAGAAGAGAUUCCAACCUUCCACCCACAGAGCCACAGUUACCUACAACCAGGAGCUUAGCACCUUCACCCUCAGACCUGAGGUCUCUCCCUCACUCUAUCAGGGAGUAAAAACCAUCACCACAGAAAGAAAGUGCACACGAAAUUUGGACUCACUCAGCAGACUGCCUUUCGAGGUCCUAGUGCACAUUGCUGGCUUCUUGGACAGCUUCACUCUAUCCCAGCUGGCCCUGGUCUCCAGGCGAAUGAGAGAUGUCUGUGAGACUCUCCUGCAGGAGAGGGGAAUGGUUUCCCUAAAGUGGGAGAAAAAAACAUAUAGUCACAGAAGGUCCUGCUGGAAAUCCAAAAAGGUGUGGCAUUUCAGCAAUCUCUUCUCAACAGUGAAAAGAUGGCACUUUGGAGAUGUUCCCACGAUGUCUGAUCAUUUGAAGCUUUGUCCAUUCUACCAAACUGAGGAGAAGAAGGAACCAGUGGCGUUGGCCAGUAUGUGUAACACCAAAGCGGAAUCUGAGGAACGCCAAAGCCUGGUCACCUUGCUCCAAGGAAACAAGUGACAUGGAGAGAAAGAAGGAGAAAGAGAUAAUAAUAAACAUUUAAAUCAGAUCAUUUCAUGAUUUUCAUCAAGUUGGACAGCAGAAGUAUAGUGUGGAUAUUUUUAACAAGGUAUCUCCUUAGCAAGCAAGCACCUAUCAGAAAAUGAAUGUCAGCUUUCAGUCUGCCUACAUUUUACAAAUUGGCAUUGCAUAGUUCCACGAGUGGCAGCUUCACUUGUUUAACAGCAGAUCCUCAUCUCAACUGUCUCAGGUCCACUGUCCACUGGCAUACCUCAGUAGCGGCAAUUUUCAAAAUGCUGGCAGGCUAAUGAUUGUUCCAAUGGCUAACCACCAAUGGGCAGAUAGUGGCCACUGUAUGUUUUUUGGAGGGGUCUAGAGUAAAACCAUUUGAGGUUGGACACUUUGAGGCUGUGAGAAAGCCUCUCACAGUGUAAAAUGUAGCUGUGAGGCUAAGGGUUAGUUCGGACAUGUUUCUGUCCGAACCCUCUGUGAUGAAACCUAAUAUGAGGACCUGGUGACACGUGCUGUCCUUCAGCUGUUAAACUUGGACUUGUAGCAGUUGCAAUUUGCUGAUCUGUAACUUCUGGAAAUUUUCUUAUUAUUUAUUUUUAGAUUUUCUUGGCAGAAACCUUGAUUAAGAGGGACAAACGGAAAUUGCAUUUUAAUAUACAGUUUACAGUAUAACAAUGUUUUACUUAAGUAAACCAGGUAUAGUACCAUGCUCAACAUCAUGAAUGCAAGUUACUACUUUCAAGAUUGGAGCCUAUUUACAUAGCUAUUAAGCCUGGAAUUCUGAAAAAGGUUUGGGAAAAAGCUUCUGAAGUCCAUACAAGAUUGUUUACCUAUUAUGGACUACAGAUGGGUGAAUUAGUUAAGUAAUUUAGUAUCUUUAGUUAACUUGAUGUCUAAUGUAUAGUGUCUGCAUUCCCAAUGUAUAACAUCUAUAAUGUUCCAUAAUGCAUUAUGUUUGUAGUCAUUUUUAUUUUGUUCAUUGCAGGGAAUGUCUGUUAUGGUGUCAAAAGCUGUGUAAUUAAUUUAUAGUAAGGUCAGAUUUGCCAAGCAUUAUGAUGGGUUGUGAAGCUGUUAUGUUGGCUGCAUAACUAUUUGAAACAUAAAAUAAAAUGAUUUACUUCAACUGAAA